AACUACAUUGCAUCAUUACUGGACAGGCAAAGGAUCACUGUGUAUCUAUGACUAUUUUUCCAGCUCUUGUAGCCGUUUCCCCCCCUUAUACCCGUGCACUUUAAUUGGAGAAGCUCGCCAAGAUGAUGUCCAUGAACAGCAAACAGCCGCACUUCGCCAUGCAUCCCUCCUUACCCGAGCACAAGUACACCACCCUGCAUUCCAGCUCGGAAGCCAUAAGGAGAGCCUGUCUACAAACUCCACAGCUGCAGAGUAACAUAUUUGCGAGCCUGGAUGAGACCCUGCUGGCCCGGGCUGAGGCUUUGGCGGCCGUGGACAUCGCCGUGUCCCAGGGCAAGACGCACCCGUUCAAGCCCGACGCCACAUACCACACAAUGAACACAGUGCCAUGCUCGUCGACCUCCACCGUGCCACUGGCCCACCAUCACCACCACCACCAUCAUCACCACCACCACCAGAAUCUGGAGCCCCCGGACAUUAUGGACCACAUCAGCUCGCCGCCUUUGACCCUGAUGGCCAGUGCACACGACGGGACUGGCGGUGGAGGUGGCGGGGGUGGCGGAGGCGGCGGUGGAGGGCUCAUCUCCACCUCCUCUGCCCACCCGCACUCUCACAUGCACGGCUUGGGCCACCUCUCCCACCAGGCGGCUAUGAGUAUGAACUCUCCUCUCACCCAUCACGGGCUUUUACCUGGCCACCACGGAGGGAGUCAAAGCGGCCCAGGGCUCACUAACGCCGGACUCCCCUCCAUCAAUGACUCGGACACAGACCCAAGGGAGCUGGAGGCUUUCGCGGAACGCUUCAAGCAGCGGAGGAUCAAGCUGGGGGUGACCCAGGCGGACGUGGGCAGUGCUCUGGCUAAUCUCAAAAUCCCCGGCGUGGGAUCACUGAGCCAAAGUACAAUUUGUCGAUUCGAGUCGUUAACUCUCUCCCACAACAACAUGAUUGCGCUCAAACCUAUCCUCCAGGCCUGGCUGGAGGAGGCCGAGGGGGCCCAGAGGGAGAAAAUGAGCAAACCUGACAUUUUCAACGGAGGGGAAAAGAAACGCAAGAGGACCUCGAUAGCGGCCCCCGAAAAGAGGUCUUUGGAGGCUUACUUCGCAGUACAGCCUCGACCGUCGUCUGAGAAAAUAGCAGCCAUUGCUGAAAAGUUGGACCUGAAAAAAAACGUGGUGCGAGUGUGGUUUUGUAACCAAAGACAGAAGCAGAAGAGGUUGAAAUUUUCCGCUGCUCACUGAUGGGCA